GGAAACUCAGUUGUCAUUUUCACCUGCACUGGAGUAGCAGCAUCUUUGUGUAUUUCCUAAAACAAGGCAAACAAAAGAAGCGGCCAACCUCCGCUUUGCUCUUUGAUACAUUUCGUUCUUCAUUAGCGUAUUUCAACAGAAAAUUGUGUGCGUUGUACACCCGAAGAAGAAAUUCAGUUUCAUGGUAUGGCGCAGUGAAAGACAAGUAUGAUCGGCGUGCCCAACUAUUUCCGGACAAUAAUAAACAACUGAUGAUUAGACGUGUAUCUGCUGAUGAACGACGUAAACCUGCUUUUUGGUAAGAAGAAGAGCCAUCAAGUUUGCCAAGUGGGACAGUGUUGCUGGUCGCAACGGCUGCCGAUCCAGAGACCAUGAACUUGUACAAACGUGGUUUGAUCUUCGCUACGUUUCUCGGUUGUUCCUUGUCGGUAGCUUUUCUCGCCGCUUCUGUCAGUACCGAUUCAUGGGUUUAUGCCGACGUCAAGCGCUUGACUAACCCAUUUGAAUCAGAUGGCCAUGUGUUUUUCGGUCUCUUCAAAGGCAAGAGAGAACUCAACGUGGGCUACGGUUGGAGAACGUAUCCCGUGUCAGUCACAGAACAAUUGAAUGGCGAGUUUCUUAAUUUUGGUCUUUGGAUCACAACUGUCACGUGCGUCUGCGUUGCGAUUAUUUUCGCUAUUAUUGGAGCUUUGAUGGCUAUCGUAAACACGACGUUGACACCGGUUGAAACCAUAGCCGGCCGGAUCGGGCUCUUCAUUUGGAACAGCCUUUCCAUUGUUUUCUCAUUGACUGCAAUGAUUGCCUGGAUAACCCAGUUUUACCUCCGUCUCAGCUCUAACGUUCUAGUACAAGAAGAUCGAGACAAUCACUGGACUUCCGAUGGGAGAGCUUAUCUCGGUUAUUCGUUCUGGUUCGUUAUCGGGUCGGCUUUAAGUCACGUGGCCAAUAUCGUCCUGCUGGUUCUGGUCAGUGCGGAUGAGCGCAGGAAAUAUGUCAAACCAUUGCCAACGGAGAAAACGAACAGUGCCGUACUACUCUACUAGUUUACAGGCGUUCCUUUUCCGAUGUUCCUUGUAUUCCUUCGUUUUUCAACGAUUUGACGGAUCAUGUGUAGCGACUGAGGGUGGUAUCCAGUUUGUCGUCAUCGGUUUGUGUAUUGUUAUUAAUGAUCUGCUUGAAACAUAUAGUGCCAGUGCCAUCAGGUACACAAUUUGCCUUUUUAUUCAUCAUACGACCUUUAUUUCUUUUUUGUUCUGCUUCAUGCAUUUUGAAGUUGAUUUUGCAAUUCAAUAACAUGAUUUUUCCACUCCAUUUCAUUUUCCAUUGAAUUUCAUUUUUGUUCCUUUGAAUUUGCCUUGUCCGCAUUAAUAACGUUUACGUAAUACAAUGAUUGCUUCGUCGCGAA